GACCGGAAGUACCUCUAGCCUCUCGUGUGAAUGAUACUGGCGUCAACCCUUGUACGGAGAACUUUCCACGAUGGCAUCCUCUGCCUUGUUGGUGUUGCUGGUACUUCAGUUUGGAUUUGGACAAAGCUCCCAUAAACAUCUUCAGGAAGAUCAUUAUAUUGGCCAGCAGCACAACCCUGAACAUGACAUGAACGUCCUGCUGGGAGACAAGGACACUGAGGAGAUAAAGAAACUUAGCCCAGCAGAACAGAGGAAAAAGAUCAUGGAAAUUGUAAAGAAGAUUGAUACAAAUGCUGACAAUCUGCUAAGUGCAGAGGAGGUGACGCUAUGGAUUCAGCACGUCUACAGAAAAUAUGCUCUGGAUGAUGCGAAGGAGCGGUUCCCUGAGUUUGACACUGACAAAGACGGUGUUGUGACAUGGGAGGAAUACAACAUGGUCGCUCAUGACCAGCUAAUUACUUUUGAUGACAGCACUGUUCUGGAGGAUCCAGAGCAAGAGUCUCUCAGACAUCUCCAUCUGAAGGAGAGGAGGCGCUUUGACUUUGCUGAUGCGGACGGCACAUCCGGGCUUAAUGUGACAGAGUUUCUUGCCUUCACCCACCCAUCUGAAGUGGAUCACAUGGCUGAUUUUGCCAUUGAAGAUGUGUUGGGUGAAUAUGACACAGAUAAAGAUGGAUUCAUAAGUCUAAGUGAAUUUAUUGGAGAUGUUCGGGGUGAUGAGGAUUCUCCUUCACAGUGGGAGAUUGAAGAAACGGUGCGGUUUAAAGACCUCUAUGAUCAAGAUAAGGAUGGCAAGUUGAAUCGAGAGGAGCAGCUCCGCUGGGUUGCGCCUAAUAGCUACGGUUCAGCAAGAGAAGAGGCUCUUCAUCUCCUCAAGGAGAUGGACCAUGAUGAGGACGGGCAGAUCUCAGAGGCUGAAGUUUUGAAAAAUCAAGAAACAUUCAUGAACAGUGAGGUGACAGACUAUGGCAGACAGCUGCAUGUAUCACACGAUGAAUUAUAGCAAUACUGUAUGUUCUUGUUUAUUGUAGAGUUUUCUUAUUUGUUUCCAUGAAGGUGCAGUGUAGUUUAUUUCCUGUUUUGUACUUUGACAUUAGUCAUGGGAUUUACGUUGCUCCCUGGAGAUUGUUGACCUUAUGUGUUGUAGUGGCGAUUCUUCAGAAUAAAGAAACACUCACGGCAA